AUGCCCGUGAAGCCCAGUACUGGGGCAGAGAAGAUCAGACAACCUAAACGACCCAAAUCAAACCUGAACCAGGCACACGGCAAACCAUCCAUUAACAUCACCUCUCUUAUCGUACACGAGCCGGGUAUUCGUGCCAACAAGCGCGACCUGCCGCCGUUCUGGUCGGUUCGGGAGCACGGGCAGCCCUUCAAUGACGAGCGGCUGGCGGCUGGGUGCGGCCAGACAACCUUUUCAGCAGUCAGCAUGUCAGGCACCUUCUUCAGGGCGACGGCUUCAGAGCCCCUGUCCGAGGCGGAGCGGGAGUUCCUGAUCACCCGGCUCACCCCCUACCAGCGCAUCCACGCCCUGCACCAGUGCCUGGAUAAGGACCAACACACCGCGUGCAAGGACUGGAUACCUUGGCCGCUGGCGAUAUUGAAUCGGGAGACGCUGGUGGCGGAGCGGGAGGGUCGUAAGGCCCGGCCGCCGAAGUACGAGAUGAGCGAUUGGAACGGGGGGCAGGCGCAGAGGGACAUGCUCAUGCGGCUGGCGAUUGCGGAGGUAGGGUUGGAGUACAUGAUGCGCCGUCACCUCAAGUUCAUGUCGGACCGGGCUUGUAACGCGGCUCGGGCGCCCAGCGCGCUGGAGAAGGACAUCCUGCGUCAGGCGUUUUGGCGGGUGGACCCGCAGAGGACCGGAACCGUGUCCAUACAGCAGUUCCUGCAGGUGUGGCAGAACGUGUUGCGGCUGAUGGAGUACGAGGACAGCUGGGUGAAGAGCAAAGACGUGAAGGGAAAGGUACAACACAAGCAGAUUCUGAAGCCCAUUCGUACGGUACUUUUGGAUCGUAAUAUGGCCGCCGCGCUAUUCGUAAAAUACGGCUUUGACAAGGAUGGUCUCAUGCCGUACGUUGUGUACAUCAACGCGCUGUGCGAGACGCCGGCACGACUACUCGGCCACGAGAUCGUCCUUAAGAAGAAGGAGCGCGGCAAGAACGGGCUGGAGGACGAUCUGGACAUUGCCAUGUGCCUGGGGAAUGCCAAGAUUGAGUACCGAUAUUGCAAGGCGGGUGUGUUCCCCCCCGGGGAGUUCACCGCGCAGAUGGGCAAGAGGUCCUUCAAACCGCCAAAGGCCCAUAUGUGGUUAGAGCACGUGUACGGCUAUGCGGGCAUGCUGGAAUACACACGCCAGUCCAACAUUUUCUACACGUACAACACGGGCAAACCCCUCAACCCCGCCACCCAGAAAGCAGUGGCCAGGUCGUUGCUGGCGGCUCAGGGGGCGGCGGAGGGGACUGCCUUGAGGGUGGAGCAGCUCAAGCGCACCGAGUUCGUGUACUACACGGGCAGUGUGGGUGUCGUAUUUGAUAAAGAGAAGUACGACGCGGGUUUGCCGUGCCAGCGGUUCUUCUUUGGCCACAACAACGACAUUCAAUGUCUGUCCAUUCAUCCCAACAGAAGGUACUGUACGAUAAAGAUGUACUGCAGCAAUACGUACAGCAUCAUGGAAGGCGAGGUGCUGAGUGACGCCUGGUUAGGCAACUUCCCCUUUGACCUGGACAACUGGAAGGCGGCGUGCGUGAGCGGCGGGCAGGGGAGUACGGGUCACGGCAACGAGUACGAUGCCGUACAGGCCAUUCUCGAGGCCAGUCGUCAGCCUCUGAAUCUGGACCGGCCUCUAUUUGAGUACGACAACAGUACGGAGUGGUGGUGCCAGCAGCCCCCCCUCCCCGCACCCUCCCCGGGAUCGGAGGUCCGUGCGGACGACGCUGACGGCAUGUACAUGUCCAUGCGAGGUGUGAAGCGGGAGGAGGGCUUCCCCCAACCCGGGGCGAGUGAGGAUAAACUCAGACUCCCACACCUGGAGCAGAGCUUCCCGGGCUGUGCGGGUGAGGUCGUUUGGAUCGCCAAUGAGGAGGGUCGCUUUAUCGGGACACCGGCGUCAUUCGGAACCGAGCACAUCGAGAACGUCCACGGCGGCGUCCGUGCCCUCAGUCUCCGGAAGCGGGCCGACGGCGGUCUGGACGUGCUAAGCGGCGGCGCGGAUGGCUGUGUGCAGGUGCGGAAGCUGGAGGAGGUGUCGGGGGCGAAACCCGACGGCACGCCAGCAAAGGGAAUCAAGCUGAGCAAGCCGGAGGCAGAGUUCCGGCUGGCUACUCCCGGUACGGGAUUACGUAAGGAAGAGGACCCCUUGGUGGUGGCACUGGAUUGCCACGCCUCCCUGGACCGGGAGUUCCUGGCGGGUACGGACGGCUGCGACAUUUGGGAGGUGGAUGCCGACCCCCGCAUUAUUGUGGAGGGUCACGAACAGGACCUGGACGAGGUGGCAGCGCACGCAGAGUCGCCGUACACCUUCGCAACCGCCUGCCAGAGCGGCAAGCUCCGCGUGUGGGACUCCCGGCGUCGCGACGUGGUCAAGUCCGCGGACCUGGGGUACGAGCUGUGCGGUAUCGCAUACAGCCAGGAACCGUUGCCGUUUCUGGACGAGGGCAAGCGGGGUAAGCUGUACGAGGGUUAUCAUUUGGCGGUUAGUGGACAGUUGGGGGAGCUAACGGUCAUGAGGUCGGACACGUUGCAACCGUUGGUGCACAGACAAGACGUGGCAAGCAAGCAGGCCAUUCCGGAAAUGAAGUACAGUCCGGUGGGCGGCCCCCGCCUCCUCGCCGCCGCCUGCUCGGACGCCAACAUCUACAUAUACCGGGCCGACAAGAACUACCAACUGCUGUGCAAAUGUGUGGGUCAUUCCAGUUGCGUCAAGCACGUGGAUUGGUCUCUUCCCGUACUGCUGCCGGGCACACCCAUGGACGGCCGGUUCGCGCUUCAGUCAUGUGACGCGACCGGGAGCCUGCUGUACUGGGAUCCGUGUACGGGGAAGAAGCUGCCGUACAAUAUGCGCGACACGGAGUGGCACACGUGGACGAUGCCUGUGGGUUUUGACGUGAUGGGUAUUUGGCCGGACUGCUCGGACGGCACCGACAUCAACGCGGUGGAUCGGCCUCGCCUGGGUGCGCCGAUCUACGACCCGUACGAGGCCGCAUACGAGGGCAGUACGGAGGCCGCUCUUCACUACUCGGAGCGAGACAGCGCCGACGGCAUCAGCGGCGCGAGCUACCUGGUCACCGCAGACGACUUUGCGACGGUCAAACUGUUCAACUAUCCGGUAGUGGCAGACGAUGCGCCGUAUAAGGCCUUUAGGGGACAUGCCUCACACGUCACUUCCGUACGGUUCCUGUCCGAUGACCGGGUCAUUGUGAGUGUGGGCGGACACGACCGCGGCAUCUACCAGUGGCGCACUUGCGGCAUCGCCUCGGGACUGCCGCCCCUACCCGCUAUAUACAGCAUGCUGGCGGAGUGCGAAGCCAAGGGGGGGAACCAGACGGAGGCUUCUAAGGUCCUACGGGAGCAGGUUUGGGAGCGACUCCACUCGCGCGCACGUGCCUUCCGGUCGUACGAGCGGCUUAAACUCUUUGCAAUGCGAGUGGCGGUCGAGGAGAAGCGAGUCAACAGCCUGGCUUCAGCCAAACCUCAACCCAAACUGCCCGAGCAGAUGGUGUGGGCCAAAGUGCCCGGGAGCUCGAACCAGUACGGCCCCGUGUCUCGGAGCAAGCUGGCGGGGGCGGAGGCGCGGUCACCGUCGGUUCGUACACCAGCUCUGCUUGUGGCGCUUGAGCGCGUCGUCGUCCUCGAAGAGCAAGUGCAGGUUGGGGGAGUCUGUGACGUUUUCCGGGUUCAGUACCCACCAUAA